UACUUAACAUGGAAGCUACUAACGUUGUAUUGCUUUUGGGUAUCAUCGGGAGUAGCAUUUGUAACAAGUUGUUUAUCACCACUUUCACCAAGUCGAUCCAAUUCGAAAUUACAUUGAAAUAUGCAGUAUGAAUUUGUGUAAUAUAGUUUCUUCAAGGACGUAAAAGAAACACAUUUAUGGACGCGGUACUGAGUAGAUACAACAUUUAAUAUCUGGCGGUCACGACAGUGAUGCGUAAUAUUUUGAAAAGCCUUGGACCGGACAUUGUUUAUUUCCACGCUUUUGGCGUUCUUGGUAACAAUUACCCGGCACCACAGUGAAAACAGCUUGACUUCAUGGAGACCACUGGCGGGUGUGAGAUUGAUGUGGCAACCAGAAGUAUAGUUGGGGGCAAUGAUUCACCAAGUGACCUUGACAGCCCUUUUCAGGAGGCUGCAGAGUUUGGCUUACAAUUAUGCUGCACCGAGGAAGAGCGAGGAGAGACCCCAGGCCGAGAGGACAGUCCCAGUGACCUAGGGGAGGCGGAGCUUGACCCUGGGGGAGAAGCCAAGUCUGCAGAUGACAGUAACUUUGGCGAGGAGGUUGUGUUACUUAUGCAGGCCCUGAACUCCUUAGCAACACCUGAAGAAAAACUGGCUGCUUUGUGCAAGAAAUACGCAGACUUGUUGGAAGAAAGUCGUUGCAUGCAAAAGCGUCUGAAGACCCUGCAGAAGAAGCAGUCUCAAAUUGUAAAAGAGAAGAUCCACCUGCAGGGCGAGCACAGCAAAGCUAUCCUGGCCCGCAGCAAGUUGGAGAGCCUGUGUAGAGAGCUACAGAGACACAACAAGACUUUGAAGGAGGAGAAUGGCCAGCGGUCUAGGGAGUAUGAGGAGCAACGUAAGGAAGCCAUGCUACACUUCCAGAUGACGUUAAGUGAUAUUGAAGUGCAGAUGGAGCAGCACAGUUCUCACAACACCAAGCUUAGGCAGGAGAACAUGGAGCUUGCUGAAAAGCUCAAAAAGCUUAUUGAGCAGUAUGAGCUCAGAGAGGAGCACAUAGACAAAGUGUUCAAGCACAAAGAGCUCCAGCAACAGUUGAUGGACGCCAAGUUGCAGAGAAUCACUGAAAUUAUGAAGGAAGUAGAGGAGAAACAGCAGAGAGAGAGAGACUUUUUGCUGAAAAAUGCCACUGAAUCGAGGCACAAGUGCGAGCUGAUGAAGGAGCAAGAAGUGCAGCUCAAACAGCAGCUUUCCCUCUACAUGGACAAAUUUGAGGAGUUUCAGAGUACUCUGGCUAAAAGCAACGAGGUCUUCACCACUUUCAGACAAGAGAUGGAGAAAAUGACCAAGAAGAUCAAGAAGCUGGAGAAGGAAACCACACAGUGGAGGACAAAAUGGGAGAACAACAACCAGGCUUUGCUGCAGAUGGCAGAGGAGAAAACUCUAAGUGAUGGCCACUUCAAGGCCCUGCAUGGCAAGCUGGAGCUUCUGGAAAGACUGUGCAGAGCCCUGCAGAAGGAGAGGAACGACCUCAACAACCGGCUAAGCCUCCUGCAGGCGCAAGGAAACGAAGGGGACCUGGUUCCUUCUGAGGCCCAGCCACCGGGGCUUCUAACCAGGGAGGAUGACGUGGAGGAAGAGGACGAAGAAGAGAAUAAGAAGCUGGCACAGGGCAAGGGCAUCCAUGAAGCUCCCAGACCACCUGAAGUUGAGCCCACAUUGUCCCCUGAAAGCAUCACCACCGCUUCAACAACAUCCAGGCAGCCAGCAGAAUCAGACACGCUGAAGGACUGACUGUUGGGGGUGUGUGUGUAUGUGUGUGUCUAAGUAUAUGCGUGAGUGUGUGUUAGAUGCCACUUCCUGAACUUACCAGUGAAACAUCUUCAAUGGAGAUGAGAUUUUUUUUUCCUAAAUUCUAGACUUACCUCUGCUGGUUUUCUACAUGAGAAAUUGAGCUCUUUAUGUGAUAUUAGACGGACGGUAAAUAUUGUCCAUGUUUGUACUGCUUUUAAUAACUGCAGUUAUAGAGCACUUUGUACUCCUUUUCUACCAUAACUGUAUUUUCAUAGGAAAUGUUGGCACAGUUGAUUGGAAUUUAUACUCUCCUCUUUCAAUUUUGAAACCCUGCCUCAUUUUCACCCGAUAUAGAAGUGGAGAGAACAUGCUAUUUGUCCUUGCUGCAGCGUAUUGAAUAAGAUUUUCAUAUCUGGAUGUUGUUUAGUUUGACAUGAAGAGGACAAGGAAGUACAUCACAAUAAGAUUUUCACCAAGACUUCUACAUGACUAUGCUACCAAACGCCUUUUUUGUGGCCAGUUUUUAAAAAAAUCUCUUCUCCAUAAGUUUUUUUUUUCUUAUUUACAGCAUUAGUAACUAUUUGCACGUGGAGUGAGGGAUGUUAAUGAUGAUAAACUUUUAACCAUCUCUCACGUUAAGAAAAGGAAGCUCUUUUAUUUUCAAGACUUUUGUUUUCUUCUGGUCUUAUGGGAGGCCAAAGUGGAAUAUGAUGAUUAAAUGUCAAAAUCCUAAUUCUUUAUUUCUGGUCAAUUACUGAUAGAUACCAAUACGUUUAAGUUGAAAGGUCUCAAUGAAGAUGAAAGAUCAUUGAAUGAUUUUGACUUUAUUUUGUUGAUCGUGAUUAUAGUCGAAAUAAAAGGCAAAUUGAAAAA